AUGGAGGCUGCCUUGCUGAAGCCGGCGAUGAUGGCGGAGGUGAAAGGGAGCGGCGCCGGCGCCGCCGUCAGCGCCGAGCUGGAGGUGAAGAAGCUGCAGGAGCUGGUGCGGAAGCUGGAGAAGCAAAACGAGCAGCUCCGGAGCCGCGCCGCCGCGGUGGCCGCCGGCCCGCCCAGCCCGCACCUGCUGCUGGCCCCGCCGCCGGCCCCCGGCGGGCUGCGCCCCGCCAGCCCCCCCUGCGCGGCGGGCGGCGGUGGGGCCGCGCCGUGCAUGCCCAGCCCGCUGCCCACCCUGCUGUGCGCCGCCGCGCUGGGCCCGCCGGAGCCCCUCGCUUACUUCAAGCCCUCGGCCGGCCUGCCGGCGGCCGGCGGCGGGGGGCAGGAAGCCGGCGGCGGUCCGGGGGCGGCGGCCACGGUGCUGGACGAGGUGGCGGUGCUGGAGCUGGAGGACGGCAGCUGCGGACAGGACGAGGAUACAUGGUUGUAUGUCUUGCCCACCAAGACUCUCACUCCUCAAGAGAAAUCAGUGAGUCCUCUGCAGUGGUGCAGGCGUGUUCUGGAUCAUCCAAGUCCUGAGAUAGAGGCUGCAAAACGUUCUCUAUGCUUUAGAUUGGAACAAGCUAGCCGAUGGCGGAACCUCUUCUCUACACCUGUCUCCUUGGCUUUUCCCUAUAGUCCUGUUGCAAGACUCACCCCAUAUACCAAUGGCUUUAAUAGUCCCAGCUUCUCUAAAACCUCCAGUAAAGCAAUACUAACACCUGAACGGACAGGUUACAUUUCUAGGAGUUCCCCUUUGAGCCCACAGUCAUCAAUAGACAGUGAACUGAGCACCUCGGAGUUGGAGGAUGAUUCCAUCUCCAUGGGAUACAAGCUGCAGGACCUCACCGAUGUUCAGAUCAUGGCCCGUCUACAGGAGGAGAGCCUUAGGCAAGAUUAUGCUUCGACUUCAGCAUCUGUGUCAAGGCACAGUUCGAGCGUCUCUCUGCAUGCGGGAAAGAAAGGGACAUGUGGUGACCAGGAAUACGAUCGCUAUAGUCUUGAGGACGAGGAAGAGUUUGACCACCUCCCGCCUCCGCAGCCACGACUGACUCGCUGCUCCCCCUUCCAGAGAGGGAUUCCUCACUCACAGACUUUCUCCAGUAUCCGGGACUGCAGGAGGAGCCCUACCUCCCCACACUUCCCUUCAAAUAAUUAUCAGCAGCCCUACUGCUCUCCUCAAGCCCAAACUCCAGAGCAGCAACCGAAUAGGAUUAAUGGAGAUAAACUUCGAAGAAGCAUGCCUAACCUCGCUCGGAUGCCAAGUACCCCCACCAUUAACAGUAAUGCUGGCUUUGCUAGUUCUCCAGUCACUGUGAGGAACAGUCAGAGCUUUGACUCCAAUUUGCAUGGAGCGAGUAAUGGGAUUUCAAGGAUGCAGUCAUGUAUUCCAUCACCAGGGCAGCUUCAACACAGAGUUCACAGUGUGGGACAUUUUCCAGUGUCUGUCAGACAGCCUCUCAAAGCUACUGCCUACGUAAGCCCAACUGUACAAGGUAGUAGUAAUAGUAGUAGCAGUAUUCCAGUGUCCAACAACUUGCAGUUAUAUUCUAACACUGGGAUCCCAAUGCCAAACAAGACUGCCAGUCAAGGGAUUGUAGGGCGCAGUGCUCUUCCAAGACCAUCGCUGGCCAUCAAUGGGAGUGGCAUACCCAGAAGUAAAAUUGCACAGCCAGUUCGAAGUUUUCUUCAGCCUCCAAAGCCACUUUCGUCACUCAGCACGAUGCGAGAUGGGAACUGGAGAGACGGCUGCUAUUGA